CUUUUUUUCUUUCACACAGAGAACGAGUAAAUUUUACCGGGCCUCUUACAUAUCUCAAAAUUUCUGGAGGGGCUAAAUUAGAAUUCCCCAAAGGCUUUGAAGGAUAAAAUUUUAGUUCGGAAAAACUUUCUCUGGCCUUGAUCCCUGCUUUCUCAAAUCUCUCUUCCCCCGACUGCCACAGAUCGGUAUAGUUUUGGCCUCCCGCCACAUACUGACAUGCUUCUCAAACCCUCUAGCAUACCAGCGGCUACAAAGUUUGUGUUUUUCAGAUAAAGACUAAAUUGAAUAAGAAGCAGGUUCAGAGAGUAAAGGUAAAGGGGUUCAGAUGGGAGAAAGGAAGGUGCUUAACAAGUAUUACCCUCCCGAUUUCGAUCCUUCGAAGAUCCCAAGGAGGCGUCAGCCAAAGAACCAACAAAUCAAGGUGCGUAUGAUGCUUCCCAUGAGCAUCAGAUGCAGCACAUGUGGCAAUUACAUCUAUAAGGGGACAAAGUUCAAUUCACGCAAAGAAGAUGCUGUUGGCGAGACUUAUCUAGGGAUCCAAGUGUUCAGAUUCUACUUCAAAUGCACUAAAUGCUCGGCUGAGAUUACGUUCAAGACUGAUCCACAGAACUCUGAUUAUAUAGUGGAGUCUGGUGCCACUCGAAAUUUUGAGCCGUGGCGUGCCGAAGAUGAGGCCGAGGCGAAGGAGAUGAAGAAAAGGGAAGCAGAGGAGAUGGGUGAUGCUAUGAAAUCUUUAGAGAAUAGGACAUUGGACUCGAAGCGUGAGAUGGAUAUCCUUGCUGCUCUUGAUGAGAUGAAGUCUAUGAAGUCCAGGCAUGCGACUGUGAGUGUUGAUGCAAUGCUAGAAGCACUGCAGCAUGCAUCGGAGGAGAGGGAGAGGAAGAUAGAAGAAGAGGAUGAAGCGAUACUAAAGUCUAUCGUGUUUCAUAACUCAAAGGAUUUUGUGCACCGAAUAGAUGAUAAUGAUGAGGAUGAUGAUAUUGCUGAAGACCCCCACGUCAGCCUAAAAAGAAAGAGAGAAGCUGAGCCUUCAACCAGUGGAACUGAGCGUAAAGCAACAGACUUGUUGACUAUAGAAAGUUAUAGCGACAAGCCUAAAGAAACCAGCAGUGACAUGGGUAAGAACGAGAGAUUUGUUUUCAAGUCAAAAUCUGUGGCAGUUAAAAUUGUGAAGAAGCCUCCUGUGCCAUCACAGCCCGUGGAGGUGAAAAGUAUGGAUAUUACUAAGCAGGAAGGGUCGACAAGCUGUAAGGAAGGAACAAGCAAAAAUAUUAGCAUGUGUGAUGAGCAGGCUGCUGGUCAGGCAGGAGGAACCAGUGGCAGCACUAAACAUGAAGAGUCCACAGGUGUAGCUGCUAAUGCAGCUCUUCAAUCUCUUUGUGAUGCAUAUAGCGGUGAUGAAGAUGAGUAAAUAUCGUUUCAUUUGGAUUGCUAUGUGGAUCAGGGGUAAUAUGUUUGCUCUUUUCUAUCAAGCAUUAUCAACAACGUCAGACCCAUUUUCCAGAAAAUGCUUCCAAGUGAUAGCAUGUGGAUUAGAGAUUUUGCCAUUCCCUGUUGAUGCAAUCUACAGAAGAGUCAUGGAGACAAGAAAGUCAUCUAAUUCGCGAAAAGGCGGCACGCUGGUCUACUUUUAAUUAUAUAGGAUCUUGUGUCUGAUGAACCGUUAUUACUGGUCUCUUUGCUAGAUGCAGUUUCUUGCACCUUUCAUAAUUUCGAUCACUGUUGCAAUAUAAAGGUAUCUCUCGGAGUCAGUGGAGUGCAUUGACGGGUCGUGAACAGCUGUAUCAGAAAUGUUUGAGCAAAUGCUACUCUCUUUCUAUGUCUCUCUCAUA